AUGCAGGUGCGGGUUGCCAUGUUAUCCGUCCCAGAACCCUUGCUCCGCAGAACUGCCGGUAACUUUAUUGUGGCCGUCGCUCUGAUCCAAUGUGCAUACAUCGCGAGGAGUUUCUACGUGCCGGUACGUCAUGAGGCUCAUCGCCGCAUGCGGUCGCGGCAACAUAGUAGCAUGCUAAUGCGGUUCUCCAUCGGCCAGACACCCCGCGAAAGGCAAAUCGAGCUCAAAAAAUUGCUCGACAGCGUGGAUACGAAGCUUCGUGGACUGGAGACUCGUUAUGAAAGCAAGGGGGAGAACGGGACGAGGCGGGUGAAGUCUAAGCGGGAUCUUUCGUAUGCACUUUGGCAGAAGCUGAAAUACACCCAAGAGACCGGACUGUGUCUGAGCUUGUGA